AAAUGCGUAUACUCACAUGUGUUUUCCAGUAUUGCACACACACUGAUAAUUACCCAAAUAUGAAUUCUCGCUAAAUAAAUACACGGGUGGAGCGGUUCCAUUCCCAGCCACGGCAAACAUUAGCAGCGGCGAGUUUUAUCCAAAUACUGUACGUACUCGGCCCCUCUUCCCCCAACCCGAACUGACCAGCGCGGUGAAGUACGAUCAGACAACGCUCACGACCGACACCGCACGAUGGAGGACUUCAUCCAGGAGUGCACUGACAAAGGGGUGUGGGGUACAUCUUCAUUUGUUCUCGUUUCCACGGACUCAGCGACAACGACGACGACAAUGCAAGCGGGCAGGAGCGACUUGCUUGAAACCAAAUAAUCCAAUCGGAGCAGUGACGAGGAGAGGAGGAGAAGGGGUGUCUGGACAUGGCGGAGGGCGAGGUGGACAUCGCAUCGCUGGAGGAUUCGUUUAAAAAGUUCGCCGUCCUGGGAGACACCAAGGCCACGGGCAAGGAGCUCAACGGCAAAAACUUCGCCAAGCUGUGCAAAGACUGCAAGGUCAUCGACGGCAAGGCAAUCACAUCAACCGACGUCGACAUCGCGUUCUCCAAAGUCAAACAGAAGGCGGCACGGGUGAUCACGUUCGAAGAGUUCAAGGAGGCGCUUCAGCAACUCUCGUGUAAACGCUUCAAGGACAAGGAUGAGCAGGAGGCCCUAGAGGAGACGUACAAGCUCAUCGCUGGGAAGUCCCCCAUCAUCCAUGGGGUCACGAAGGCAACAAACAAGGGCGGUGUUGGCCGGCUGACGGAUCCCUCCAAGUACACGGGAACGCACAAGAUGCGGUUCGACGAGACCGGCAAGGGGAAGGGCAAGGCGGGCCGGGAAGAUAUCCCCGACACGCGAGGAUACGUGCACAGCUACAGGGACGCCGGCACGUACGACCAGAAAGUGAAAGGUGCCGUCGCGUCUCCCAAUGCCAAGAAGACCUAACGGCACGGGGCUACCUGGCCCACGGUCACCAUAUUUUCCCUGCCUCACUUUCCACUAGGUCACUCGUCCAAAUAAAUAGCUUUUAAAAGUAUGUUUUUUUCACGAAAAGAGGCAUUUACGGAUUCGUACACGUGUGGAAUUUAGCAGGGAAAAUAGUGUACCCUCUGUAUUUGAGUCUUUUUUUUUCCCGAACUGCUUUCCCAAGCAGACGUUUCUACUGCUAGUUAACUUCCUCUGCCACGUCGAUGCAUAUAAAUAUAAAGCCUAACAUUACAUUGCCAAUAUAUGUAACUGCUGCCAUCCUAUGCCUUAUCAGUUAAAAGGUUAAAAAUGAACAGAGCGCUGGAAGGAAUUGUGACCAAAGUGACACAGAUAUUCAUUUUGUCUCUCCCCCUGGCUUAAUGGUGGUGCUUGCUAAUAAUGAAACAGGUACAGUACAAAGACUACCCUGCACUCCACCCCUCAGGGAUGAGUGUGCCAGCCGAGGUUUUUGGUUUCUGGUUGUAGGGAGAUACCUUACACCAUUCCCCUAACACAUGCACGUAUGUGUGUGCACGCGUGUACAGCUGUAGUGAAACCACUUCCGCCCCCACCCCACAUAAAAGUGCGACGGGGACUUUUAUAUAACUUUCGAAAAUAACACAUCCACGUACAAAACGAGAUGAUAGCACAGGUUGAAGCCAAGUAAUAAUGGUAAUUGAAUGCCCAUCGGUCUCGAGUGGCAAAUGUCAAACUGAAGACGUCAAACUAGGCACAAUUGUUUUGUCCAACACUUAGUAUUUGUUUAUUUGUCCAAGGAAGCCUCAAUGAGUCUUAAGACUUUCACGAAGGGGGUUUGAAUGGGCACCUGUCACAAUGCCUGUGUCUGCUGAAAUUUGGACAUUUACAGGCAAGAUCGCAGCUCAUAACUUGCCCGCUUGACAUCUAAGCCCACUUUGUAAGGCUUUAACGUCUACCUUUUGAGGAUUUAAAUUUUUAUUGAACACAUGCUGUGCAGUAUAUUGUUUUUACAUUACAUUAUACUGUAGUUGUUAAGUUAUAUACAGCGUGGGGUUCAGUUUACAUGCUUGUAUCCGCACUGUGCAAGGGGCACACACUUCCAUUUGGACUUUCAUCAACUCCCACAAUCGAAUUUAAUGCAAAAUGUGUGAGCGGAGUGGUGGUGAGGAGAGAGACUCAACUGAGACUGAAGUGUCAUUACAUGUACGUCAGGCUUGGCCUGUGCACACCUGAUGCCCCUUUACAUUAGGAAAUGGCCCAGCUUUUCAUAAUUUGAUUUUUUCCACCUGCUUGGUGAAGUCUGGGAAGCCAGGCAGCGGCCGGUUUAGCAAGUGGAAGCGAAGUUCAAGUUCGUAGGUGCAGUGCUUGUAUCGGUACAACCUGUUUACUCACAGGAGAUCCUGCCUUGCUUUACGUUUAUAACAAAGCAUUACCGUGAACCUCGCUUAUUUGCAGUUGGAAGUGUUGACCUUGUCUUUUUUUUUCAAAGAAAAUCAAAAGUAAGAUAUUUUAGUCUUUUAAGAGAUGGGAAUGUUUAAAUAUAUGAAGUGCUAUAGGCAUUUUUUUUAAAAUAAAGUAAUAAAUAACUAAAAAAUCAUGCAUCUUUGUUAACGGAUUAUUUUUAAGAAAAGAAUCUCGGCUGCAGUUUUUUUUUUACUUUGGCCAGUGCUUGCUUUGAGGGCAAAUGCGUUGGCUUUUUAGUUGCUUUGAAUUUAUGUGCAACUUUAAAAUGUUGCACCCAAUAAAUGCAGUAACUUGGAGACUUUCACAGUGGUCUUUAUAGUUCAUCUGAAAAAAAAUUCUUACUGCCGAAUGUGACACAUCUGUGGCGUGUGACUACGCUUGAAAUUGGAAUGUAAACAUAUAGCUUUAAAGUGCUUUUGCACCAGCUUAAACUCGGCUCACAUGUUGGGGCAUGAUUGAUGGGCCCGAUUAGCGAUGAUGUCACAUGUUUAAGGCCGACCAGCGACCUCUCCUGCAAAGUGUCUAAAUGGCACUUUUGCAGUGAAACCCCAUUGGCUGCUGCAGACAUGCAGCACAUUGACUGGCGUUUGUGUGGUUGAAAUCUGAUUGUCUGCUAAUCGCAGAAAGCCAAUUGGCUGGGCAUUCAUGGUGAAGCCUGUUUCGCCAUCCAUUAUACGCAGCCUGUUGUCGACCUCUUUAAGUUGGAGCCUAAAUAUUAGUCGGCCCUUGCAUGCGGCUGAUAUAUUGGCACCCAUGUUGCUGGUUGUUGGGAGCGUCGUGUUGUGCAGCUCAGUCGGUUGUUCUUGCAUAUCACAUCUUGACCACUGCAGUAGCGCUUGCAGCCAGUUUGGGGGUGGAUGUUAUAACUUUGAUUGUUAAGAUGUAAAAUUUCCUUUUGUAUGUAACAUUAUCAUUAAGCUAUGGACUUACCAAUAUCACUGUGCGAACAGUAAUUUCUCCUGUGCCCAGUGAUUGUACUACGCAUGAUUUGUCUGUAUUGCAUGAACUGUUAUACAGAUGUCUGUUGUCCAAAUGUACAGUAGCAGGGCUUGAAUAUUAAGUUAUACACAAAAUAUGAAACUAAAUCAAUAAUUGGUUUGUUUUAUAUAUAUACAGUAUAUUAUUGCACAUCACUUAAAAUGUUAGAAUUUGUUGUUAGCAAUAGUAUGUUUACAGAAAGUAGCUCAUUUUAAAAAGCAGUGUUAAACUUAAAGUGUCAUUUUACUUAAAUCACUUAAAUAUUCAAGACCAAAUCACUGAAAAGCAAUACUUACGCCUUAUUAAUGUCUCUUAAAACCUAUUUUUAACCUGAAGAGAUUGCCAUAAAAACAUGCAGAAGAAUGGAUGGAGGCUUAACACAAUUUUACAGAUAUGUAUUUUAAUUUGGUUUCAUUGUAUUUAAGUCUUGAAGCAAACUUGUGUAACAGUACAGAUGCAACCAAUUUUUUUUUGCUUCAAUAAAUUACAUUUUGGGGGAAAAA